AUGCGCAAAGAAUUAGAAUACAUUAUCAACCAUGUUUUUCUCCCCCCGAAACUUCCACAGAAAGACGAUACCAACGUGACGAACGGUGUCUGUCUUGUAAAACAGCUCCUGGCAGCACUGAAAUCAUUUCGACAUCACCUCCCGGAGCAGAGCCGUUCAGAAUGGAUGCCUUGCAUAAAAAUGGUUGGCAACUUGCUCGAGUUGCAGGACCAUCUGGGAGGACUGGUGGCCACGAAAUUGGAGACAAGGCUUGUUGAAAUGUUCGAUGGAGAUAUUCUUGCUUGCCAUAUACGUGCCCAGAACGCAGGCCUCAUCGUCCGGAGAACUUCGAAGCAAUAUUUAUUUCAGUCAUUCGAAGCCUCGCCGACUAACAAAGCCGUUAUUAGGGCCAAGGGAAGACUGAUACGAUGCUUUCCCGGUCCAGCUUUCGCAAUAGGCCAGGAUCGAAUGGCGGGUCCCAGCUUCGUCCAGCCGCUGACCCAGUUACUCACCAAACUUGAUGCCGAAACACCCGAGGAAGCUUUACCAGUUGUAACCAAGGCUGGCUCAGAGGUUAAUGAGACGAGAGACACAGUCCACCCGAAGUUUGUCACCGAGUUGCUCAGCGGCAUUUUACGAGCCAUAGGGGAGCCGGCGGAUGUUACUCGCAUCUACAAGCAUACCCGAGAAGACGUCUUGUGGAAUCAUACAUUAGACCCAUGGCAUCGUUCCCCUCUGUGGCUCUGCCUUCGUGUUGCAUUGCAGACAAGUCUCAUGCGCAAGGAUGAUCAAGAUCAACAUUUACGAUACAAGUCCUUCAUGCUCUUUUUCAUGGCCUUUGUCUUGAAAUGCGCUCUGAAGGCUUCUAUUUCGAGUGAUAUGCUAUUCAUUAUGACAGCCAAGAUCAGUGGCCGCGCACUGAAGCUCGGUGCCAUACGUGCAACUCCCUGGCUACAGUAUGUGGAGACCGUGGUAAGUUCUGCCCAGCAAGAGUUGCUCCGCAGAUGGAAUUUGGUGGAGAAGCCACCGGGUGCUUCAAGAGCACAACGAGACUGGUUUCCAUUGCAGCUGUCAUUCGACCAUGAUACUGGUCUAACUCUCUCAAGCUUACGGCCCUACCUAGCAAAGGUACAGGCUCGGUCCGAGUCAAAUCUGCCCCGCCUACCCUUGACGUUGGAUUGUGAGCUCCGCAUUUCGCAGCACAGCUCAAGGCUGCCUGACAUGACCCUUUUGCAGGGCGCGAAGGCAGGCCAGAUUUAUCUCCAACUCGCGGAUUUGGAACUCUGGGUGCAGGAAUCCCUGAAAGGCUGGCUGCGAACAAACAUGGAAUGUGAACAAACUUGCUCGGCCCUCGCUGAGGUCAUCAAUGUGUAUAUCUCAGCAGCCUCCGCAGCUUAUGCAGGCAACCCGGAAGACAAUUCUGUGAUGCUUCUGACAGUGAUGGAACUUUGGGUUGCACUUGACCGGUCCGCUUUGCACCACUGUUCGCUAUUACGAGAUUACGACGUGGGUUUUCCGCCUUCGCUCUUUGAGUCUCUACUCUUACCCAAGAAGUCGCAAAUGGAAAGACUGCUUCGUGUUGAGCAGUAUCUAGCGAAGAGGAGAACAGACGCCAAGUCCAUAUGCCCACCCAUUUUUCAGUCUGUUUGGACAAAGGACAGCUUUGCUGUACGUUACUAUGAGCAGUCGCCAGAUCAUCAGAAAUUGCACCAAGAAAUCGAGGCGGAGGCGAGUACUCAGCGGUCAGAAACCACUCGCGAGCUUGCAAACAAACUCCAGCAAUACGAGAAACUCAUGGACGAGUCGAAUGGACUGACUUGCGAGUACGUCGAGCGGUGGUGGUAUGAUCAACGAGUUUCUGAUCACAGUCAGUCCUGUCAGAAAUGUCACCUGAAAUCACGCGCCAAGCACCUCAAAAUUGACGUUCACGAAUGGCCACUCCCUAACAGAGAUCUGACAGCGAAGGCUGUGGUGUUUGAGCUCAAUGUGCCGACUGUUGUGUUAAAAUGGCGGCAUACCACAUACAGCAUUCUCGUUGACGUCCUGUCCGUCGAGUCCCGAGCUCCACAACGAGACAAAGGCAGGCAGCAAGGCAUAUAUACUCUCCAGGAGUACUUCGGUUUACAAAGUUACAUCAAGUCCGGAGCGGCACGACCCCAGCUUGCAUCGAAAGCAAAACCGUUUGUCAUCUCUCAUUAUCGAACUCUGAAGAUUUCUCAGGCCACUGCAAGCAAGGUAUGCGUCAACAACGGCUUGGUCUAUUCUAUGUACGAUUCGAAGUUAUGCAGUUGGACUGAAGAUGUUCUGAAUCGAUGCGAUAUACAAGGAAAAUGCACUCUCCGACUUCCAUCUGGGCCGUACAUGGAAUUACAGUAUGCCGUUGACAGCACAACCCACACCUCUAAUGAGGUGAUCGCAAGUCAAGCUAAUUACUCUAACGCGCUGACCUUGCAUGAAUUGUAUGCAUUUGGGACUUUACGUUCAGGUCACCGACUGCAAUGGCGGAACAUUGCUCGCGAACUUCGCUCUCGCAUCCUUAACUUCAAUUGCCACGAGACCAACAUAUUGUUUACCCAGGCCGCAUGGCAGGCAGGCCCCGCAAGUGAAGGACAAUUGUGUCGAGGAUCUCACGUGGACCUUGAAGAGGGGAAGUAUGGAGAAUCCCUGCUGCUGGCCUUGAACGACACUCUCCGGGUAGUCGAAGGUAAUUGGCAAGGCGCGGCCGCCGCACGUACUCUUAUCACUCUUGCCACUCGACUGCUUUCGCUCUCACCCUACAAAAGCGUCCACCAGGAUUGCCAUAGGUUUCUGCGGAAAGCACGGGCGGUUUCAUUGCGCUGGACUCGCGAGUUAGACCACAAGCUGCGGAAAGGGCAGGAAGAUCAAGAAAUGAAAACUCUGGGGGUACGGGCCCUUGAAAUGGCUUUGACCUGUCAUGGGACAUUUGACGUCGACCCUCAACAUCUUCCUGACCUACUCCAAGGGGAGGAAGAUGUUGCAGUCCUCAUUGAAUGUGCAAUCAUCGUUCACGAUAGGUGCCCAGCUGUGACAGAUACUUUGCCUCCACCGACACGAAUGCUUUUGAGACGGCACCAGAGACUCUUGUGUGGUCUCGAAUCGCUGCUACGCAAGCGGAUACUACUCGUCCCAAGUGGUCUUGACAGCACUAUUAAACGGAUCUGGGCGGGAUAUAGAUCAGGAUCGCCAUGGAGGGCUUUGAAGACGCCAGAAGAGCGGUGGCUCGUGACAGAGAUAUACAACGAGGGUGCCACAUCACCGAGAUUAGUCCAUUACAAUCUUCUAAAUGGGAGUCUACUCGUAGAUGGAUCACCGCUUACGAGACUGCCUCGCUCGUACGAAGCACAUUCCACUUAUCAUCGACUUUUCGGCGAUAAAGUCCUUGAUGUUAUCCCAUCGAAUGUUAGAGGAAUGGCCUUUGAAACUCGGACGCAAUUCUGCGACCAUCAAGUGUACUUUGGUAUGUAUGACUCCGAGCUCAUUGUACAGGCAGUCAAAGACCACCAGAUCUACGAAUUACUCCCAUCCCACGCUCUAAGCGGCGAUUUUCCACAGGAUUUCAUUGACAAUUACGUCCAUUGGCUAGAAAUCAAUACUGGCUCCAUCGAAUGGCGACCAUUGCUCAAUGCAUGGACGUCUUGCACGUCCGAUAACUGGAAAAUGCCAUCUUGCCACUCAGGGCGAAGCUUGUUAAUCCGGGGUUCUUUGAGAUUGAUAGACUUUCAUUCACCUACCGCAAACUCGGUUGCAAAGGUCUUGAGUCCGCUAGAAGAUGCCACCAAUAUACAUACAACAUUUAACUGCAAGACAGAAAUGUUGGAGGUGCACUUGCCACGAAUGAAUCUCGACUUUUUCCUGAGAAAAGGUGCCACGCAGCUUGAAUCGAAGCAAUUUCGUGCCAUGACAGUGGAUGCAAACCAAUCAUUCGGUACACUGACAGGAUUAGCCAACAAACUCGUCCUUCGUGGAGACACUGACUCGUCACGCAGCGUCAUUAUUCCCUACGGCGCCGUACGGUUCAAAGCAGAAGGCGACCACCUACGUGUAGACAUUGACACCAGCUCAGUGCCACAAGUUCCUUACCAUCUCUACCACAUUGAUCGUCGCAUCGGACAACUUGUUGAUAACGGCAGGCUCAAGAGCAAGCUGUUCAAAGCUUAUCUUCACGCUAUAACAUCUCACUGUUUGGCGGAUGAGCUAACCGGUCGAACUGGCACCGAAGAGGCCCUCACCAUACUAGGAUCCGCCUCUGUUCGGUCCUUUGAUGUGCUUGAUGGCCAGGAAAUUGACCUGCUCAAACUGAUUGGAAAGCUUAGUCCUCGUCGUCAUUACUACCCGCCGCACCUCAGGGUGAUGCAGCAGGUAGAAUGGACGGGCAGCCUGUCUCCGCUCUCCCAGCACAAUUCUUUGUGCAAAUCAGUGUUGUCAAUUUUUGCACAAGCCCGAAGUCUUAGCCUUUUCCGUUACGACAUCGCGCAAAUACCAGAUUCAAAUAUCUGUGGUGACCAAAACUUGCUCGAGAGGGCGUUGAUUCGCGACUCCAAAAAUCAUGUGUAUGGAUUUGGCGCGGAGGAUCACACAACAGAGCAUGAUGACCUUUAUGAUGGCCGGGACCGUGUCACGAAUAGCGCACGGGAGGCUCAGGUCCAUCACAUUGCAAAGCUUGUGGACGACUGGUCUGCAGACCUAAGAGGCUGCUCACAAUUACUUCAAGAGAUCCAUGCUUGGAGAGCUGAGCUCUGCGGUGAGAGGACAGAAGAUUUCUAUCCGCUUGGCUACGAUACUAAAUGGCUGGACCCACUUGCCACAAUUCUUCCGAAAGACUGGUGCACCCUGCAGGUUACUUUAUCGAGCAGCGUGCCUGAGAGAGACAAGUACAAAAUCAUGUUGUUAUUGUCCACUCUGGCUUAUUCUCCGCACGCGAAACAGGACCUUGUCCAAACACUUUUAGCUUUCGCCACAGUACCAGAACUUCGUGCAAUACGACCGCCGGCCUAUGCCCUCUUCCGUAUAUCUGAAGGAUUCAGCCCAGACAAGAGGAUAUUGUCCGAAAUCGCCAGAAAAAAGGCACAUCGGUUUAGUGAACGCCCGGAAUCCAAAAAGCCUGAAUUGCAUGAUGAGACUUGGGCAGAUGCUGAAGAACGUCGAAGAAAUGAGUAUGAAAUGGCACUGGAGGAGCAUACUACGACCUUUGUAGAUGCUCUUGUUCAUCAGUGGCCCCAACCACAUAUUCAUAAUCCAACCGGCAUUCACCUGGAUACCUACAUUGCCGUGAGUGAUGCCACAGAUGCAGCACGGGUCUGUUUCGAAAGCUGGUAUCGCAAUGCCGAGUUCAAGGAGUACAUCCGCCAAACGCAAGACUUACUGGAUAAUUUGAAUGACGGGGACCAAGAACUGUCUGGUUAUGCCUUCAUGCAGCCACGGUAUAGUUGUUUCUCGAAGCGGUGUCAUGUUGACCUGGUCGAAAUCAUGGAAAGACCUGCUCCCAGUCUUUCUCCAGCUUGUCCUGUAAACUUUGACUCCUGGAUAUGUCAGCAAGACGAAGAUAGGCAGGACCACGCGAAGCUCGAGUCACUUUUAGAGCGUCUUUGUGCGGAAUCUUCAGGUCACUAUGAGGAACUUUACGCCGGUGACUUGUUGAAGAGUUUUAAUGCACUCCAGCACAGGACGGCGGAAAGACUUAGCGAGCCACCAAAAGCACUGAAGCCAUUGCUCGAAAAACACCUGUCGCUGUGCAAGAAUCGUGUUGGUGACUUGUUUCAAACGAUCUGUCAUUGCCUUCAAACAGAAAGUUCAGCGACACGUCGGCUUGCUUAUGGAGCAAAAAUGUGGCCCCGUUUGUCCACUACCUCGCUUCUUCAGAACCUGGCAGGUUGCAAAGUCGACUCGUUGCGCGACGACUGGAAGGAUUGCUUGAUUGAGUAUGGACUUGCGAUAUCGACUUUGCAGCGGGCGGAGCGCCUCCUUGCCUGUGUUGGAAAUGAUGUGGAGCUGCUGAACGAACUCAGCAACCCUGGCCGUCAAGGUUGGGACCCAAAAUCUCACCCAGACUGGCUGCUUCUCGAAAUCGAAAACAAUAUUUUGAUUCGACGGGUGCAAGCCCAAACUGCCAGCGAAAUGAUUUUACCCUCGUCUGGCGGUAACUCGGUUAUGCAGCUGAACAUGGGCGAAGGGAAGACGUCCGUCAUUGUUCCGAUUGUGGCUGCAGCUCUCGCAGAUAGGAAGAAGCUUGUACGGGUUGUUGUCCUCAAACCACUGUCCACCGGUAUGUUCCAUGUGCUGUUGAGGACGCUGGGGGGGAUGCUCGGAAGACGUAUCUAUCAUAUGCCGAUCUCACGGUCGGUUCAGUUGAACAUUCACCAGGCGAGGCAAAUCAGUGACCUGUGCCGGGAAUGCAUGGACACUGGUGGGAUACUUCUUGUUCAACCUGAGCACCUCCUCUCAUUCGAACUCAUGGGCCUCGAACGAUGUCUCUCGGGUGACUUGGAGCUAGGCAACGUCCUGACCGAGACGCAGCGCUGGCUGGAUUGCAAUUCGCGUGAUAUCCUUGACGAGAGUGACGAGAUUAUGAGUGUGCGGUUUGAACUUAUCUACACCAUGGGCCUGCAACGUGCCAGCGAAUUUAGCCCGGAUCGAUGGACCAUUAUUGAGCAUAUCUUAGGACUCGUCCCUCACUUUGCAGAGCUAGUCCACCGAGAGUUUCCGCAGGGCUUAGAGCUGCGACCUGGAGUAUCGGGAAGUUUUCCUCGUGUACGAAUCCUGCAGCAUCUUGCCGCAGUCAAACUUCUGGACAUGUUGGCAAGAAAGGUGUGCGAGGCAGGCGUGCCGGGAGUGCCUGUAUGGAAUCUUCCUCAGCACGUUCGAGAUGUCUUAUUCAGGUAUCUGACAGACCCCAACAUGAAUGAGGCCGACAUGGAGCCAUUGCAGAAUCAUAUUUCUACCGUGGAAUCGAUGAAGAGCAGCCUGCUUCUCUUAAGAGGACUGUUUGCUUGCGGGAUCCUGGCGUUUACUUUACAACAGAAGCGAUGGCGCGUGAAUUACGGGCUUGAUCUCUCACGGACUAUGCUUGCUGUACCCUAUCGAGCAAAGGACAUUCCAGCAACGCGGGCUGAUUUCAGUCACCCCGAUGUCACCAUCGUUCUCACUUGUUUGAGUUAUUAUUACGGUGGCCUUUCAGAGAAGCAGUUGCGGACCGCCUUCGACCAGCUGCUUUUGUGCGACCACGCGCAGGAGGAGUAUGAUCACUGGGUUCGAGAUGCUCCAGAACUUCCACCAGCCUUUCGACAAUUAACGAGCAUCAACCUGAGCGAUCAUGAGCAGUGCUCCUCCACUAUCUUUCCUUCUUUGCGACUUGCUAAGGGUGCAAUCGACUUCUAUAUGGCGAGCAUUGUAUUCCCGACAGAAAUGAAAGAGUUCCCCGACAAGCUUUCUUCGUCAGGUUGGGAUAUUGCACGAGAGAAGGUGCACCACACGACCGGCUUCAGUGGGACUAAUGACAGCAGAUAUAUUCUACCAUUGUCCAUAAGUCAGUGCGAGCUUCCAACGCAACUUCACACGAAUGCCGCUGUGCUUGAUUGCCUACUACGACCAGAGAACACUUUUACACCCUUCAUGCAAACAUCCUUUGACGCAGAAUCCUUGCUAGACAUGGUCGCUACGUCCGAGCCAUCCGUGCGCGUCAUUCUCGAUGUUGGAGCCCAAGUCUUGGAGCUGAAGAACGAGGAAGUCGCACAAAGAUGGCUGUUGCGCGUUUCUACGUCCGAGGCGCAAGCAGUCGUCUACUUUGAUGAUGGUAAUGAGCUUUCGGUCUUGAGUCGCGACGGCACGACGGAGCCGUUGAUGGUUUCCCCGUUUUUGAAGCAGAUGGACCAGUGUCUAGUAUACCUGGACGAGGCUCAUACACGAGGGACAGACUUGAAACUACCAACGAAUUAUCGAGCGGCUGUGACAUUAGGGCCUGACCUACCAAAGGACCGACUUAUCCAAGCGUGUAUGCGAAUGAGGAAGCUUGGAAAGGGCCAAUCGGUCAUGUUUUGUGCACCAAUGGAGGUUGAACACAAAAUUCUUGAACGCAGUAACAAAACGUCGGCCAAUACCAUUGAGGUAGCCGACGUGUUACUUUGGAGCAUUCGGGAAACUUACAUCAACACCAAAAAAUGCAUACCACUAUGGGCCACACAAGGCAUGCGAUAUCAGCAUCGUCAUGCCGCAAUGUCGGAGUGCCCAGAAAUUGAACGUGGAGGCGCGAUUUUGAACAUGGCAGAGUCUCUGCUCGAGGCUGAAGCGCAAACUCUCCAGGAUCGUUAUGGACUCAGAGCUCGACAUUCCGAAGACCUGACCUUGUUACACAACAUGAAGCAUCUAACACUUUCCGCACGUGCGGGACCAAUAGAGGCUAUUCGGACCAUAUGUCGAGACUUCGAGCUGACGUCUUUUGGAAACGCGGCGCUUCAGGAGGAACAGGAGCGCGAAUUGUCCCCAGAGAAUGAGCAAGAGCGACAGGUUGAGCGUCCGCCCUACCAAGAACCGCAGCAGCACAGCGUGCAUAGAGAUGUGAAGCGAUUCAUUCAGGAGGGAAUACUUGACCGAGACUCAGAUGUCUUUCAACCUGCUCUUGGUAUUUUUCUCAACACAAGCGCUGCGCGAUUUUUUGAACAAAACGCAUGGCCAAAGCAAUUGCUUGUAACUGCCGACUUUGCGCGGACGAUACGUUGUUCCUCAGAUCAUCAGCUCUUGGACUUGUUUCUCAGGCCUGUCCACUGGAUUGCCAGCAAAAAGACACCCCACUCGACCGAUCUAGUAGUGCUGAGUCCAUACGAAGCUCAAGAGCUGUUGCCAUCUAUACGUCAAUGCCGCCAUGUCACCUUACACGUCUAUUCACCCCGUGUUAACAUGUCCACGCCGGCGCUAGAUGAUCUUUCAUUCUGCUCCAUCCCUGCCAUGCCCCAAUCCUGGUCCCGCCUGGCUCCUAUCAUCAUGCAGCUCAAUCUGUUUGCGGGUCAGCUCUAUCUGGGAAGCUAUGAGGAAUAUCUCUCGGUUUGCCGGUUCCUGGGACUAUCUUUCCGUCCGCCGUCCGACGAGCAGAUCGAAGUCGCCAGCGACGCUUUCGUCAGUCCAGCAAGCAGAUGGCGGUUUGAUGCCCUCAUGCAGAAAGAGUGUUCGUUCACCACGAGCCCGGUUGAGUUCGUAAACAGGGUCAUGGCGUUGAGGAGGAAGGGACAGGGUUUUCAGCGGUCUCAUUUCGGUAGGAUUCUCAAUGGAGAGUUGCUGGACAGGGGUCGGUUCGGAGAUUAG